AUCCGUCCUCCCCGCCUCGCAGAGUUGGGAGAAGGAAGGCUGGGGGGUGUGGAAAAAUAAAAGGAAAAGUCCUUGCACCAUGUAGACCCGCGCCCCCCACCCUGGCACCCGCGCCAGCCGGGGAUCUCCCAGUCUGCGGCCAUGAACGCGAGCAGCGAAGGCGAGAGCUUCCCGGGCUCGGUGCAAAUUCCAGGUGGCACAACCGUGCUGGUUGAGCUGACUCCUGACAUUCAUAUCUGUGGCAUCUGCAAGCAGCAGUUUAACAACCUGGAUGCCUUUGUGGCUCACAAGCAAAGUGGCUGCCAGCUGACCAGCACGUCCGGGGCGACGCCCAGCACGGUCCAGUUUGUAUCAGAGGAAACGGUGCCUGCCACCCAGACUCAGACCACCACGCGAACCAUCACCUCAGAGACCCAGACGAUCACAGUUUCAGCUCCCGAAUUUGUCUUUGAACAUGGCUAUCAAACGUAUCUGCCCACGGAAAGCAAUGAGAACCAGACAGCCACCGUCAUCUCUCUCCCUGCCAAGUCCCGUGCCAAAAAGCCCACGGCCCCACCUGCUCAGAAACGGCUGAACUGUUGCUAUCCAGGUUGUCAGUUCAAGACUGCCUAUGGCAUGAAGGACAUGGAGCGUCAUUUAAAAAUCCACACGGGUGACAAGCCCCACAAGUGCGAGGUCUGCGGCAAGUGCUUCAGCCGGAAGGAUAAGCUGAAGACACACACGCGAUGCCACACGGGCGUGAAGCCCUACAAGUGUAAGACAUGUGACUAUGCUGCUGCCGACAGCAGCAGCCUCAACAAGCACCUGCGGAUACAUUCCGAUGAGCGGCCCUUCAAAUGCCAGAUCUGCCCCUAUGCCAGCCGCAACUCCAGCCAGCUCACCGUCCACCUCCGCUCCCACACAGGCUCAGACCUAGGUAAUGAUAGUCCAAAACCAACCUGUCCCUCCACUGACAGCAGCGAUGCCCAGAGAGCCCAUGUCGUGGCUCUUCCCUCAGAGUCAAAGGAACAAACAGUGACCCUUGGGGAGAAGACAUUCAACUGCUGCUAUCCAGGUUGCCACUUCAAAACUGUCCAUGGCAUGAAGGAUUUGGACCGCCACCUAAGAAUCCACACGGGAGACAAACCACACAAGUGUGAGUUCUGUGACAAGUGCUUCAGCCGCAAGGACAACCUGACCAUGCAUAUGCGGUGCCACACCAGCGUGAAGCCCCACAAGUGUCACCUGUGUGACUAUGCUGCCGUGGACAGCAGCAGCCUCAAGAAGCACCUGCGGAUACAUUCCGACGAGCGGCCAUACAAAUGCCAGCUCUGCCCGUACGCCAGCCGCAACUCCAGCCAGCUCACCGUCCACCUCCGCUCCCACACAGGGGACACCCCCUUCCAGUGCUGGCUCUGUAGCGCCAAGUUCAAAAUCAGCUCGGACUUGAAAAGGCACAUGAUCGUGCACUCGGGGGAGAAGCCUUUCAAGUGCGAGUACUGUGACGUGCGCUGCACCAUGAAGGCCAACCUCAAGUCGCACAUCCGCAUCAAGCACACCUUCAAGUGCCUGCACUGCGCCUUCCAGGGCCGGGACCGGGCCGACCUCCUGGAGCACAGCCGGCUGCACCAGGCCGACCACUCCGAGAAGUGUCCCGAGUGUAGCUACUCCUGCUCCAGUGCGGCCGCCCUGCGCGUGCACAGCCGGGUCCACUGCAAAGACCGUCCCUUCAAGUGCGACUUCUGCAGCUUCGACACCAAGCGGCCCAGCAGCCUGGCCAAGCACAUCGACAAGGUGCACAGGGACGAGGCCAAAACGGAGAACCGGGCCCCGCAGGGCAGGGAAGGGCCCCAUGCGGGCAGCGCCCACCACGUGGCCAAGAUCGUGACCCAGAGGGCCUUCCGCUGUGAGACCUGCGGGGCCUCCUUCGUCAGGGACGACUCUCUGCGGUGCCAUAAGAAGCAGCACAGUGACCACAGUGAGAACAAGAACUCAGGCCUGGUCACCUUCCCGCCCGAAAGCAGUGUCUCGGGGCAGCUGGGCGCCCUGGUCUCCGUGGGGCAGCUUGAGACAUCCCUGGAACCCAGCCAGUGCCUCUAGUUCCACCAAAGAGGGUGGUCAGCUGUCCAGAUGUCCAGACACAUGCCCCAGCCGGGCCCUCUGCCGUCAGGCCAUCGAGCCAGGCUUGAGUCACCAAGCCUGGGGACCCCUCCAAGUUCAUAGGCCUGCAGAGGUAAUGGCUGCAGUCACUGACGCCCCACGAUGGAGAACCCACUCUAUGCCACUCUCUUCUUCCGAACUGUCCAAGCAAGUUGCCUUGGUUCCAAGGUGGGGGGUCCAUCAAGCACUGCUCUAUCCAGUAGGGAUAGUUUCUUCUUGGUGGAUGCCAGGUCUAAAUCUGAUCCGUCUUCCAUGAAAUUAUGAAACUAGAUGACAUGGAAAAAACUAACACUACUCUGAUGUGUAGAGCCAGAAAGGUCUGGGUGAUGGUGGGGUCUGGGGUGGCCAGAAAAGUUCGGUUUCCUGACCUACGUGGUGGUUUAUGCCUUACGCAUUUUUGUGUGGUUCCUUUUAUCUGUUGUCUUAAAAUAAAAAGGCAGACUCGUUUGUAGAAGGAUGAAAGAGGGACAGCCCACUUUUAUGUUCUCCCAUAGACAGGUUAUGGUGGCAGUGGGGGUCGCCAGUGCCGCCCCGCCCCUUAGUAAUUUCCUUAGAAAUGCACGGAAGAUUUCUUCAUGUCUUGGUGCCCCAGAGAAGCGAAAUGCCGUUUGAUCUGUAGGUGGCGCCAAAGAUCAAGCUAACACUAGUGCAGCCUGUAAUUGUGUGUUGUGAAAAUUCCACAUUUGUGUACUUGUGUUCGUAAAGAAGAGACCAAGGGCCCAGUGGGUCCUGGGCUUGGUUCUGGGACAUGUGAUGUGUAGGAAAGCCCGGAACUGGUGUCUUUGGUCACAGUAAGCAUUCGGUGUUUGCUGAACCAACAAACAAAUGAAACCCCAGACCUCUUGUAAAAUGGACACUUUACUUGAUGAGAACUUAGAGGUGGCUGUGGAAUGCCAGCCAGUGGGUAUAUAAUUUAUCCAAAGUUGCUUUGUUCUUUUCUUCAAAUACAGUCUUUGUUUAAUACAAGUUCUUAUGUGCCCUCAGCAAGCUAAAUGUCUGUGCUUUUAAAACACUGAAUAGAUCCCGUUGUUUUUGAUACAUGAGGAAAAGAUGUAAAAACAAAAUUUUUUUUAUAAAUUGUAUACGGGGGACUAUUUUACUUAGGGAAUAGUAAGAGGUCCAGAGCUUAUUUUAGAAACUGUUUGAACAAAUCUGAUUCCAUUUAUGUUUGACCUUGGCCGCGUGAUAACACACUGUUGAAUCUUCAUGUAAGAAGAAAAGGCAGAGAUGACGGCAGAGACCCUCGGUCGAAGUUACCGCUUCUUGGUUUUGGAACUAUUUUCGGUUGUUCGCAAGUGUCUGGUUAUUGAAUUCUGGUGCAUCGUACGCAUUCUGUUGUCCCCUUUCUGCCGUUUGUCAUGAGUCUUAUCUGUGUUUCUGUUCUAGUAACAGAGGGCUGUUGACCUUUCAAGUGGGAACCCAUAGAUCGAAAUCAUAAAAACGUUCCUUGUACUUCGGGUGUUAUGGCUCUUCAGAUAAACAGGAACAAUAGCAGCCCUUUUAGAAGGCACUUUUUUCACCGCUGUAUAGACUUCAAGGGUCUUGGGUCCACACUGGUGUCACCUAGAGGUUUGACCUAGCAGACGUGAACGCCCAGAGAGGUCUGCACAAUGUUUAGGACCAAUUGCUAAAUACGUGGGGCAUUAUGGAGCCCUAAGUUCUCUUUUCUGACGAAACUCUGUGCGCCAAGGCAAGCAGACAGAAAAAGAAUGUGCUCCAACACAGCAAAAAAAUCAUUCAGGAAAUGGGAGCGUGAACGGGCUAACAGUGCUCGGAGGAGACUGAAAAGACACAGCUAGGAGUUCCCAUUGUGGCGCAGUGGAAAGGAAUCCGAAUGGUAUCCAGGAGGUUUCGGGUUCGAUCCCUGGCCUUGCUCCGUGGGUUCCGGCGUUGCCGUGCGCUGUGGUGGAGGUCGCAGACGCGGCUCGGAUCCCGCGUCGCUGUGGCGUAGACCGGCAGCUGUAGUUCCCCUCACCUGGGAACUUCCGUAUGCCGUGAGUGUGGCCCUAAAGAGCAAAAAUAAAUAAAAAUAAGUAAAUAAAUACACAGCUAAUCACCAAAUAAAACUGGGAAAAAGCCGUAAUAGCUAAGAGGCCGCUGACAUGGCACAGGACCAGAAAGGCAGCGUUUCUCUGCCCUCUUCCGUUCUGCCAAGGUCGCUGUGGAUCUGAAAGGGGAAAUUGAUGAAUGAGUAUGUUUGCAGUUUGACGUCACCUGGACUAGAGGCCAGGGAACUUUUUUUUAGUUAAGUGCCAGAUAGUAAAUAUUUGGGGCUUUGCUGGGCUCGGUCUCAGUCGAAACUCUUCCACUCUGUUGGCCUCUGUAGCACCAUCCCUCAGCUCUGCCACUGUCACUGAAGCGGCCGCAGAGAGUAGGUAAGUGAGUGGGUGUGGCCGUGUGCCAGUAAAACUGUAUUUACAAAAAAACAGGCUGUGAGUUGGAAGACCAUCUUUUGCUGACCCCCUGAGCUGGGCUAUUGAAGGCAAGCAACAAGGUAGGAUGGGAGAAAUACUGAGAAUUCCAGGUUUCCUGGGGUCCCUUCUAGGAAGGGGCAGCCUCGUGCAAGAGGCAGAUGGGUUCCAGGCGAGGCAUUGAGAAACGCUGUCUCCUUUCCAUUCUUUUUCGGUGCAGCUGUAGAAUCUCCAGCAGAGAGUCCAGAAAUCAAGUGACACUCUCUUGCUGUCCUCUACUGAAGGUUCUGAGCUGCCUUCUAAACGCUGUAGAACGUGCCUACCUUUGUCCCUGAAUUUAAUUUCCAAAAGAAAAAGAUGCGCCUCCAAUCCCGUUGCUCUGUUGAUGUGGGUCCUGACUCUGAGCCGGGCCCUGGGCCAAGAACUUGACCUGCGUUAACUCCUCACUCCUCCUGGUGCCGUCCACGACUGGAACCUGAGUGAGACAAGGGCACUGAAAACUCAGUCAUCGACUAUUUUAAAGCAGUGCUUUUUCACUCAGCAAACUGUGGCCUGCAGGUCAGUUACUUUGUUUUUGUAAACAAAGUUUUAUUAGAAGUUGGCCUGGGCAGGAGUUCCCGUCGUGGCACAGUGGUUAGCGAAUCCGACUAGGAACAUGAGGUUGCAGGUGUGAUCCCUGCCCUUGCUCAGUGGGCUAAGGAUCCAGCGUUGCCAUGAGCUGUGGUAUAGAUCACAGACGAGGCUUGGAUCCCGAGUUGCUGUGGCUCUGGCGUAGGCCAGCAGCUGUAGCUCCAAUUGGACCCCUAGCCUGAGAGCCUCCAUAUGCCACGGGAAGUGGCCCUAGAAAAGGGGAAAAAAAAAAGUUGGCCUGGGCAGCCUUGGUCCAAUCUGUCAGAUUCUGAUUGUGUUCAUUGUGGAUUUUUCUGCAUUAUGUUUGAUUUUUAGAAAAAUCGUGUUAAAAUACUUAGGGACAUCUGUGAUUUAGGCACCACUUUGUAUGGGCAGCAGAGAGGAUUGCUUCAACCUCCUUACCCUCGUCUCUGGCUCUUGUUCAAAUACAGAAACUGAAGCAGGAAGGUGAAGAAACUUCUAGCCCAGAGUUAAGUUUCAGGCCAGAAGUGUAGCUCCAGAGUCCACAUUUUUAACCAAAGUACUAGGCUGGGUCUCCAGUCAAGAGAAACAAAACAAAACAAAAACAACCCACUUUGUUAGAGUUGAUCUGAGUAGGGUGAAGACAGAACAAUCCCAAAAGAGCCUUGUUUUGUUAAAAAGUAACAGGGUUGAGGAGGAAGCGGGUAAGAAUAGCCCUGCCUCUGGCACUACUAUCUGAUUGACAUCCUGCUAGAGAUCGUACCUCAGAUUCUAUUUGCUCAUCUGUAAAAUGGGCCAUUUUAGGCAUUGGGCUGAAUGAUAAAAUCAACUGGUUUAAGAUGACAAAAAUUGACUCGCUUAUGUGUCCUUUCCUCAUUUUGCUGGGCUGCAGGUGGCAGUGGGGAAGAACCAAGAACUACGACUGUGAUUUUUAUGACAUGGGGCAUUUUGGUUUCGCUCUUCUCACCCCCACCCCCACAUUUCAACACGCAGUCCAAGGUGCUAGCAGUUUAAACUCCAGCCAGGGUAGGAGGAGGCCACCCUCUGUCCCUUCACCAUGGCUGGAAAUUUGCACAUAAAACUUCUGUUCAGCUCCCUCAAGCUACCUGGCUGAUCAUCCACCACUGCUGUUGCAAAGGGUGCCAGGAAAUCAUGGCUCCAGAGUAGCUUGUGCUGAGUUAACACCUGGAAGGAGAUGCUGGGUUGUGAGUGUUUUUUGCCCAUAAGCAGUAACAUAGGCUCUCGAAGGCUGGAGAUGACUUGACUGUGAAACACUGGCACGGGUCCUGAACACCCAGCACACUAUACACGAGCAUUUCUAUUGUAUCAGGGCUUUGUUUGAGGCUCCCUCUGCUCUGUCUGGAUAUUGGUCCAUGGCAUUCUUCCAGGGUUUUCUGUCGCUCUGGUCCAGUGGGUCUCAGCUGUGGCUGUCUGCUGUAGUCACCUGGGAAGCCCUUACAUAUUUGGAGGCUUGUCUCUCAGGGGAGGGGCCUGGGCAUGCCUACUUUCUAAAGUUGUGGGCGUGAUUCCAAUGUGCAACCAGGUGGAAACAGUUGUUCCAGCGAGGGAACAAGGCUGUCUUCCUGAGCAGGCCACCUGUGCUGUCACGAAGGGCCCUGCGCUCAGCUGCACACUCUGAAAUUCAGUUGCCAUCUUGAAAUUCAUUAUUUCUUGAACAAGGGGUCCUGCGUUUGCAUUUUGCAUCAAGCCCUACAAAUUACGUAGCCAGUCCUGGGAGGGAAAGAAAGCGUACCUAAGACAGAAGGUUGUGUGCACCCCUGGCACAGAAAAGGUCUCAAUCCGUGAAACUAGGACCAGCUAGGGCCCCAGAUGGGACGCACAGGCACCAUGAACCAUGACAUUCAAGCAUUUCCCCGUAGGAUUCCAUUCAAACCUUACAAUGAAUGGCAUUUGUAUUUGCCCCUAAAAAGUAACACUGACCUUCAGAAAAGUGAACUUGCUCAGUGCAGCAGGUAUACAGGAUUGUUAAACCCACGGGCACCGGACUCUGGUGCCUUUGUCUUACUUGCAGUCGGCUCUCACUGCGUCUAGGGUGUCUUCCACUGGCAGGAGUCAGGGAAUCAGGUAUCAGGUGAAACCAUUUGAGUUCUAAGGGUUGAGACAGACGAGAUCUUUAGCAAGAAUGACAAGGUCGAUAGUUGGAUUGGAAAGAAAAUUUCUUAUGUGGGUGUCACCGGAUCAUCAGAAAAUGUCCCUAGGCUCUCUGCCCGCAUGAGAGUAAGUAUUGCAAGGAUGACUGAGGUUACGUUCCCCCAACAUAGGCAAGUUACAAAACUGCACAGUAAGUUUUGCUUCAGUACUGAUGGUUGGUGAUAACCACUCUUGAACUCCCACCAGCAUGAGCAGAUACUCAAGCCAGUGUUCAGCCACGAGAUCUUGUUUACAUCCCACCUCGAGAUGCUUCUGUUUUAGAAGAAAAUGAAGGUAAAGAAGCCAAGCCCAGCACUGGUCAGGGUGAGAACUCAGGUCUGCCUUCUCAUACCUGACACCACCUGCUUGGGAGGGAAACCUGCCUUAAGGCCAGAGCACUUGUUGUCAAGUCAUGGACCCCUUUCCAGUGGAGUCUGAGUCCUCUAAGUGAUGUAUAAAAGACUACAACACAAUGCGUAGGUUUGCCCAGGAAAACAAUUACAUUGCAAGUUAUCAAAUGUUUUUGAACUAAAGUACAUUUUUAUAAGCAUAUUAAGGAAAGGCAGUAGCAGUAGAGGUAGUAACCAUAGUUGACCCUAGAACAACACAAGGGUUAAAUCUAAGUAUAAUUUAUAUUCGGGCUUUGGCUCUCCACGCCUGUGGUUCCCUUGGGUCUGCAGAUUCAACCAGCCACAACAGUGUAGCACUCUGGGAUGUACUGUUGAAAGAACACCCUCAUGUACGUGGACCGGUGCCGUUCAAACCUGUUUUCCAGGGUCCGCCAUGCUCUUCGAAGUAGAGAUGCACAUACGUGGAAUAUCAAGCUCGCGGUAGCACACACGUCAUGUGGAAACACCUCAUUUCUUUGGUUAACCAAGUCCCUGGUCCUGUUAAUGCUUCAGUGGUUGGGUCCCUACAUCCAAAAUGGAGGGAAAUGCUCAAUUUCAGUUAGAGGCUAGUAAGAUAAGAUUCAUCUUCUUUCCCAUCCAAAUCCCCAGAUCCUCUCAAUUCUGUCUAUGGUCCCUUUACCCCUACGUUAAUAAGACCUCUGAUGCGAAUUGAAUUUCUGGGGUCUGGGUGUUUUUUUUUUUUUUUUUUAGGGCCAUACCUGUGGCAUAUGGAGGUUCCCAGGCUAGGGGUCGAAUCAGAGCUGCAACUACCAGCCUACACCACAGCCACAGCAACACCAGAUCUGAGCCACAUCUGCAACCUGCACUGCAGCUCAAGGCAAUACCAGAUCCUGAACCCACUGAUCGAGGCCAGGGCUUGAACCUGCAUCCUCAUGGAUGCUAUUCACAUUCAUUAACCACUGAGCCAUGACAGGAACUCCUGGGGUCUGGUUUUCUUAAUAAAAUUGGAACUUUCAGUUACUUCCAUCAUAAGUAGAUCUAGUAGCAUCAGAGCUUAAAUAUUUAUACCCCCAAUGCCAACCCCUCCCCCAAAAAACCCACCUUUGAUCAGGAGGUAUUGACUAAACAGGGCUCUUUGUAAUACCUAUGUCCAGCCCUUUUCUGACAAGCUGUGCUUCGAAUGGCUCAAUCCUCACGUGUUAAUUAAGGAACGUUGGCCUAAUAGAAAACAUGUAGGUGGGUGAUGCCCGCCCCACUUUACAGACAGAACUCUCGAAGGGCAGCGUCAACAGGUACAAGUAGGUGGUGUUGUCCAAGUGGUUUUGUGGUUGGAUGGAGUGAAAUCCUCCUAGUGCUGGUCUGAAGGUUGGGUGAGACAUCUCCAAGGUGAGCUACUUUCUGGUAUCGAAAGUGUUCUGGAGUUCCCGUCGUGGCGCAGUGGUUAACAAAUCCGACUAGGAACCAUGAGGUUGCGGGUUCGCUCCCUGCCCUUGCUCAGUGGGUUAACGAUCUGGCGUUGCCGUGAGCUGUGGUGUAGGUUGCAGACGCGGCUCGGAUCCCGCAUUGCUGUGGCUCUGGCAUAGGCCGGUGGCUACAGCUCCGAUUCAACCCCUAGCCUGGGAACCUCCAUAUGCCGUGGGAGCGGCCCAAGAAAUAGCAACAACAACAACAACAAAAGACAAAAAAAAAAAAAAAAAAAGAAAGUGUUCUGUUCUUAAGAACUGUCCCUAUUGCAAAGUGGCUUUGUUUUCUUAUUACAAAAGCUCUAUGUGGUCCCUGGAGGAAAUAGAGAAAAGCAAAAUAAAAAUUAACCUCUGUGUCAGCCAUGGCAACACCUUGCUGGUAGGGGCACCUCCAGCCCAAAAGCAGGUAAGGCAGUUUCCCAUUGUCAAUGCCGUAAUGAAAAACUGUGUGGAGAACUGUGGCGAGCAUCCUUCUUUCCUGAAGAUGAACUUGGCAUAUAGCAAGGGCCCAGGGGCCCAGUUAGCAGGAUGCAACCCAACGUCCAUGAGCACAGGGCUGGUCAAAGGAUGAUAAACCCUACACACAUGACCACACAUCACUUAAAAGGGGUGGGGGGGUUGCCCCAUGUGUAUUGACAUGCAGAUGAUUGAAGGUCAACUAUUAAGUGGAAAAAUAAAAAUUGCAGAGUGUGCUGCACAGUUUAA